GGGGGGAGGAGGGGGCUGACGGGUGUGGAGGAGGGAGGGAGCUUCAUCAGGAGGCGAUGUCGGCAUCGCCGUGACAUCACCCCGCGGCUUAUAUAGUUGGGGAAGGGUCCGGGUGCCCCGUCUGGUGCCUGCAGUCGCUUGCCAGCGCGUGUGCAGAGGGCGCGGAGCGGCGUGGCUCUGUCUGUCGGUCUGUCUCUCUCUCUCUUGCUCUCUCCCUCUCUCUCCGUCUCUCCCCAGGAUUUAUGGACUUCACUUUCUAGAGGGCGGCGCGGCAAGGAUGAGAGCCCAGCUGAUGUGCGUGGUGCUGCUGGCCCUGGCCUCCUGCAGCCUCUGCUCAGAUUCAGAAGAGGAAAUGAAAGCGUUAGAAGCAGAUUUAUUGACCAAUAUGUACACAUCAAAGCACAGACCGCAAUCUCAGAUUAACAGAGCAAAACUUCCUUACUGGAAAAUGACCCUGCUAAAUGUCUGCAAUCUUGUCAACAACAUAAACAACCAAGUGGGGGAUACAGUAGAGGUAGAUGAAGAGGAUCUUGUUUCAGGAAGACAGUUUCCUGCUGCUCUGGAUGGCUUCAGCUUGGAAGCAAUGCUGACAGUAUAUCAACUUCAAAAAGUUUGCCACAGCAGAACCUUUCAGCAUUGGGAGUUACUUCAGCAAGAUGCUUUUGAUCUAGAGAACUCAAGCCAAGACAAGGAAAUAAUGAAAAGAAAAAAUCCCUAUAUUCUGAAACGGCAGCUGCAUGUGAACAAAGCUAGAAGACCAUACAUACUCAAGAGAAGUUCAUAUUACUGAUGCAGCAGAAGAAAACAAUGUAUAUUUAGUUUCUAGGUAACUGUGCAUUAUGGUUAUCUUAUUUAAAUCUAAAAUCAUACGUGUGUGGAAAUAUAUUAUAGAAAAUCAUCAAGUUGAUAACAUAACUGUGUCUUUUUUGCAAUUGCUGUUUUGAUUGUGAUUUUUUUCCUACUUGAGAUUAAUUGGACCAAUACAUUUGCAAAUAAAUCUAGUUUCUAAGCAUGAUGUAUUGUACAAAACGGAGAUUUCAACGUAUUUCCAAUGAUAUUGUAGUCUUUUCUUAUUUUAUAAAGCACACCAACAUAAACGAAGUAAAAUUGAUACUGUCCAUAAACCCCACUGAGAAUCUUACAAUUUCCUAGUGCAACACCUGAAACAUAUAUACACUUGCAAAUUUUUAUAUAAUAUAUUAUUCAGAACUACCACAAUAUUUUAUGUAUUGGCCAGUUUAAUUUUUUAGGGAUUAGGUCGAAGGAAGGAAGCAAACACUAUCAUUUAACUAUUAAACGGCACUUUCAUAAUUCAUGUUUUAAAUAGCCUGCAUGUAAAUAAAUUUUUAUUUUUUGACUCCUAAGUUGCCACUGAAUAUUCAUAGUUUAAGAAAACAACACAUAAAUGAGACUUUAACAAAAUAUGCUAGUGAGAACAAACCCUGCUUUAGAGUCUUAUGUAUCGCUGACUAAACAAUGAAAAGGGUUUAUUAAAUCAGUAAAAGAAUUUAUAGUGUUUACUUAACCAAAAGAAUGCUCAGGAAAAAAGAAAAUAAAAAAAAUAAAAGCUGAUUCAUGCUCCUGUGCUGUCACUGUUAAAGUUAAAAUACUAAACUGGUUAUAUGAGAAACUUGGAAGAGAUAUUUGAAAGUGGAAUUAAAAUUAAAACAUCUUAAACUACUUACAAUUAAAAGGCAUUUCCUUUCCGUCCCUCGCCAUAUUUGUAAUAAAACUAGGCAGUUUCAGGGCUUAAAGACAGUCUUGGAAGCUGAUGGAGAGGGAAGCUUCCAGUAUGGAAGAAAUUGUUUUCAAGCCAUGAGGAAUCAAGUGCCACCUGAAAGACAUUUUCCAACUCUGUGUCUGUGAGAUGUGCGUGAGACUUGGGAUCUCAAUGAUCCAGGUCCCAGUGUUGACGAAAACAGCUUGAAAGAACUGGGAGUCACAACAACAGUGAAAAUAAAGGUCCAAGACCCAUGAAGCCUGGAUGCCCAGACCGGGAGGCAAAAAAAGGUCACAGACAUUGCUUUUGAAAACCUACCUGUUUUCUGUUUGAGGUAUUUCUUCAAAGCAAUGUUGUUCCAACAAAUUGUCGGAAAACAAAACAAAACAAAAAACAAAAAACACUCAGAGAAUUUCCAAAUCCUCUCACAGUCAGAUUUUCUGUCAAUUAUUAUUAAACAUAUACAGGAAUAUGCAUAGAAAAAACAUACCCAUACCAGUGGUUAUACCAACUUUGUUACAUGGCAGGGAUGUUGGGUUUUAUUACAGUAAAAUGUAUUUUAGUAUGCAAAAGUUAAUUAUAUUUCCUUUUCUCAGUGCAAAUGUUAUUAAUGCAUUUAUUUCUUCAAUAGCCACUAAAUGCAUGUGCUCACAGGAUAUAGCUGAGCAUACAGUAAUAACUGUAAUAAUUGUUAUAACUUGUGUACAGCAAAGCACUUAAACACAUUCGGUCUCAAUGUUUUAAAUGCUUAAUGCGCUUAAGGACUUUGCUUAAAUAAGGUUCUGGUAGAUUCAUACCUUUUGGUUUUUUAUGAAACUGUCAUAGAAUUAGACUGGAGACACAAUAUGCUCUCACUGGAGACACAGUAUGCUCUCAAGUGGCUAAGAAACAUCCCUCUUUCCAACAAACCUACUAGCUCCCUAGUCCUAUUAUGGAUGCUUUAAGUUCUAAAUUACUUGUUGGUCUGAAAUAACAAAGCACAACAGAGUUUAUCCCAAAAUUCACUGCUAGCAAUAUACAGGAAAAAAGGAAAGAAACUUCAGAUCAUGAUUUCAUAGGGAAUAUGGAAGAGUAAGACAAACAAAAAUGGGUUGCCAUGAUAUUUUUCUCUUGUGGUGUUCAGUUUAAGAGCAUAAGAGCCAAAAAAAAAAAAAAAAAAAAAAGAGUAAGGUAAUGUGGUUGUCAUCUGAUAGAUAAUAUUAAAAUUUUCAAAAACAAACCCACCCUUCAAUGUUUCAUUUUGGAGGUGAUUUAGAUAUUCAGGGUGAUGGCAGAGGACCUCAAAUGAUGAUGAGUAGCCAUUUCACCCUUAUGUAAUGUUCCACACUGAAGUGAGGUUUAUACUGUGACUGUGUACUUGUUCCUUGCAGUGCAGAGUUAACAGACUAGCCAGACUGACUGGCUGAAAAUGGCUUAAAAUAACCCAUUUCCUUUCAGCACAAUGUGAAUCCACACAGGGUCAGCUACUGUGUGUCACUGGAGGAGGCAGCUUGUUCAGUUUUCUCCAGCUUCUGAUGGAGGUGUUCAGGAAGCUGCCAAAGAAUGUUAUCCAAAGCGAAAGACUGUCCUAACUAGAGGAGGAAACAAUAUCCAUAACUGUAACAUGGUCAGUAAAGAUGCAAAAGCCAAUCCUGGCAUUUCAGCUGGUUGGUCCUUGGUGAAAAGAAAGCGUAGAAGCAUUAAAAUGUUAGAAAACACACUUAAACUAUAUGAUUAAAGCAGGUAUGCAGACCUGUUAAGGGAUAUUUUGAUGUCUGGGGGACCCUUAUUUUCUAGAAAUCCCUUCUCAUUUCUAGCUGUGUUUACCUCCUGAUGACCUCGCUGCUGUGGAAUUGCAGCCUUUCUUUAAUCCUCCUUUUUGGAUAACAGCAGGAAAAAAAAUAAACAAACUCAAAACCCCCCAAAAAACCCCAACCCCAAACAAACAAAAAAUGAUGGGCUUAUGCAUAUUUGUCUCUAUUUCACACAUUCUUUCAGUGGGAUCCUCAGGGUACCUGCCUUGGCCCUAGCUGUGCAUUGCCUUCAAAAUUAAUGCUGUAUUUGUAGCAGCAAUGGGUGCUGAACAAACUUCAAGCCAGAGUAGGCUCUUACAGUAUGUAAAGAUUUCUAAAUUCAGACAGCGCUUUUAUUUUCUUUUUCAUUUUCUUUUUUUCUGAAAGUCAUAGGUACCUUAAAUUUAAAAUGUUGUUUUGAAGACCAUUAACUCAGAUUGCUACCUUGGCUUAAAGAACUGCUUCUUGAUAUGAACAAUUUUGUUUUAUAAAGGCAAUUACUAAGACACUUUCUGUCUCUGCAGAGGAGUACAUUUUUCCUACCUAUUCCAUUGCUGAUGUUUCUACAAAGUUCAUAGCUGAAUAAUUAUACCAAUUAUUCAGAAACUUCAUACUUCAUUAUUUCUCGUACUCCUAAAAUAUUGGAUAUUGUCAUACAGAGCAAUUGCAGAAACUUCUCAGUUAUUUCUAAUGUAGAAUUAAAUGUAACUGAGAUUUAAUUUGAUUUUAUAUAUUUUUAAUAGCUAUCAUUCACAAUAUUAACAAUGCCCUAUACAAGUAAAUCCUAGAGAAAUUAAUAAUUAGAUAAUUUCUGAUGCAUAUAUUUCUUAGUUUUUCAUUAAAAGAAACAUAAAAUAAUAGUUACUGUUCUCAAGGUUAAUUGUGGUGAUAAAAUAAGUCUUCAGAUUUCUUGAGUCUUGCUUGUGGUGUAUUACAGAAUUUGCUGUUUUCUGUCUUUUAUGAGUCGAAACUUUGUUCUGUGUUUUAGGUAGGUGUUUAAUGGCUUUGGUGUGAACAGAGUGCAUGAAAUGUGAAUUUUGUAGAUUAAAAAAGGUUUAAUUUUGUGAAGUAUGAUUGUGGCUGUGCCUCAUACACUACUCCUAACUAACACACAAUGGAGACAUGACAAUUUGGUCUUAAUCUUUAUGCCUCUUCUCCAAGAUUAGUUAUCGGUUUGCACUAUGCAACAUCAAAUUGAAGGUGCAAGCCACCACUAUAAUACUUGAGUGCAGGAGGGCAGAAAGAGGAGCAGGUUCUUCUGAAAUUCCCCAAGGUUCUAGACUGAUCAUUGAAGUUUUCCACAUCUAAAAUACUGCACUGGCUGAAGGCAGUCAUAAAACAAGAGUUGCAGAGAACCUGAGAAAUAAAGUAUACUGACUUCUGUGACAUAACUGUGGAGUCAGAACUUGUACCUUGCUGUCCAGGAAGCAAAGGAAGUAGGGGGAGGGGUUGAUCUCCACAAGGAACCUGGGGAAUGAGAUUUUCAUUGCGAUCAAAUUCAAACACUCAAAAGUCAUGAAUAAGGCUAAGAAAACCUGCAAAUAAAUAAAUAGUAAAUAGAUAAAUAAACAAAUCAAUCUCCCUGACAUCUAAAUAAAGUAAUAAAUAGACAUAAAAUUAUUUUUAUUUACUGGAAGGCCAGGGAACAUCUGAAUCACAUUUUUAAGUUUUGUUGACAAGAGGAGCUAAACCAUAUUUGCUUUUAUACAUUGCUACUGAAAAUUGACAUUCUCAUCCAAUCUCUUGAAUCCAGCAGGUGUCAGAUUAAGGCACACAAAAACACAAUGUGGAUUAUCUCAUUUUAAAACUAGUCAGAUCCAGCAUUCUUGGAUAGGUCUCACAGACCCGAUGAUCAGACAGUGGAUUAGAAAGAGCUUUGUGGCACUUCAUUAGCAGGCAAGCGUUGGCUGGCUGAAGGACUCCUCUGAGGGGGUAAUAUGGUGAAUGGCAUCCUGGGAGCCACCCAAGAACUUUUGGAGGAGUGUCAGCUAUUAAGAAACUUAAAGCCUUCAGAAGCUGUUAGUUGCCCAACUAAGAUUUGCUUUUCCCAAGUAGAUGGGAGUGUACAGCUGUUGUCUCAGGAGACUCUUCACAUCUCAUACAGAAGGAAAAGAUGGGACUAUACAUAACUGGACUUGAAUUAGCAAGGAAUAGUAUUUGUUUGAGCUCCCAGUGGGCCAAGUACCAAUCUGUUUUGUCACAAAAGAUACAGUGCAGUUUUAGUCUGGAACAAUUUUCUGUUUUACUCUUGAAGUUCAGUUGUAGGAAUGUUUUGCAGUAUAAGUUUCUGUUCUGUGUACAUAAGGGGCUUCCCAGAUAGUCUAUACAUUGCUUUCAUAAAUGACUGCCAGCAGCCUGAGAACCUCAGUCCAGAUGUAGUGUCUAAGCUGCCUAACAGAAUGUGAACAGUAUGUGAAUGAAAAACUGCUGGGUUUCUACGUCAGUGAAUAUGAUCUUGAGGAUAGACUGGAAAUAUUCUAAAAGACAAUCUUGGCAUCAUUAUUGCAACUUUUCAGAUUCAUUAUUUAAAAAUCCAAGCUGCAGAACAGAUUUUUGUAAUCCAAUAUUUUUGAAUUUAAGAUUCCUCCCUCCUCCCCCACCAACAUUUAGCUCAAGGUCUAAAAUUAAUGUGUACACCAGAAAAAAACCCAAAAAACAUAACAAAACAGGAGAACAAGUAUGUGCAUUGUUUUCUUAAAGAAAGUUGUCACAGAGCAAUACAACUUCAGAAUCAUUUUGUCUGGAAUAAAUGGUGUGGUUCAUCCAUUAUUAUUUUUUUUAAACCAUAUUGUUUCUAUGCAUUUAAAAACAACUGUUCCUAGAAUCUAAUAUUGCAAAGACUUUUGUUAAGAUGUAAAAAAUGAGUUUAGUUGAUUUAAUGUAUAAUUCCUAUGCUUAAAAAAAAUCCUCCUAAAAAAAAGGAGUAAAGAUUUCCUCUCUUAUAGAAGGUAUAAAGAAGGUCUUAGAAAUAGUUUACUUACUAGUUCUUGCAUGAAUGAAAUCUCUUGGUUAUUUUUGUGUACUGCAAAAUCCUUAGGGUAGUUGUAUAACAUAUAUACCACAGUUGUUGUGUUUUGGUAUCCUAUUUAAUGAUCUUUUAAAUAAAGAGCUCUUUGGAACAGA